AUGCAAGCUUUUAACCAAAAGAAAGCUUCCAUCCUUCAAGAGAUAGGCGGAAACUCCCUGGAUUCUCCUGAUGCGUCUCCUAAAGGUACCAUUGAUUCCCUAUGUCUCCCCAUCAUCGAAGUGAUUAACUCCCAUCCAGACAUGGUAACAACAUCGCUGUGCUCAGGAAGAGUGUCAGUCUUCCUUGAAGGUAUCAAAAAGGAAAGUCAGAUUGGUGCUAAGGGAAAUGAAGGUCGCUGGCUCUUUGUUACUCACCAUCCUGAGGAUCUUCCACAAUGGCAUAAGAAGCUUGAUCUCAAGUAUGAGGAACCACAAUCGAUGGAGGAUAGUCAGCGUUACAUUCUUUUCAAAUUUGAACCUCUCAUAUUGCAUGUGAAGUGCCGUGAUUUGGCCACGUCGAACCUACUAUACUCAACAGCAAUGGGCUGUGGCUUCAGAGAAAGUGGUAUUGGCAGUAACAACAUAGUGGGAAUCAGAACUUCCAUCAAGCUUGACGUUCCCAUUGGCUGCCUUGACGGAGAACAAUUGGUAUCUUUUGUUUCUGAAUCAUACCUCGAGCUCAUCACUAAGCUUUCAUUAGACAGGUUCACCGAAAACUUCAAGAAGAUGGAUACGCUCAAAAACGCUAUAACACUGAUGGGUCAGGCGAAAGUUCCUGAUGCGAAGGAAACCAAGGAGGAACGUCGGAUUCGCAAGAUGAAAGAAGGAAUGGCAAGAAGAGAUGGUGUCAGAGAAGAAAAAGAGAAAAAGAAAAGAGAAAAAGAGCUUCUUCAAUCACAAGAACAGAAGCAGGAGAAAAGUUGA